GCAUUCGCCGGUCUGCAGCGCCCCGGAAGCGGAAGUGUCCGACCAGGCUGUGGCGGCGUUACCGGAGCGCCGGCCCCGCGGCGGCGGCCUCGUCCCGUCGCUAUGAGCGCGGCUGGGCUGGUGUCCGCCACGCCGCCGGCCCCCCCCGCUGCCGGGGCACCCGCCGCCACCAUGCCCCCCGGCCCCGACUACUACGAGGAGGAGGAGCUGGAGAGCGCCGAGGAGGAGGAUGGCGAGCGGAGCGCUCGGGCCCGCGACUCCGAUGAGGACACUGAGGAUGCCAGUGAAACCGACCUGGCAAAACAUGAGGAAGAGGACUAUGUAGAAAUGAAAGAACAGAUGUAUCAGGACAAACUGGCAUCUCUUAAGAGGCAAUUACAACAACUGCAGGAAGGUACUCUUCAGGAGUAUCAGAAGAGAAUGAAGAAGUUGGACCAGCAGUACAAAGAAAGGAUACGCAAUGCGGAACUAUUCCUCCAGCUGGAAACAGAUCAGGUGGAGAAGAAUUACGUCAAGGAAAAGAAGGCAGCAGCAAAGGAGUUUGAAGAUAAGAAAAUUGAGCUUAAGGAAAACCUGAUUGCGGAGUUGGAAGAGAAAAAGAAGAUGAUUGAGAAUGAAAAGCUAACCAUGGAAUUGACAGGAGACUCAAUGGAAGUGAAGCCUAUUAUGACAAGGAAACUGAGGCGGCGACCAAAUGAUCCAGUUCCUAUCCCAGACAAGAGGAGGAAACCUGCCCCUGCUCAGCUAAAUUACUUGUUGACUGAUGAGCAAAUAAUGGAGGACCUGAGAACACUGAACAAGCUUAAAUCACCCAAGAGACCAGCCUCUCCUUCCUCUCCUGAACACCUCCCAGCUACACCAGCAGAGUCUCCAGCACAGCGGUUUGAGGCCCGGAUAGAAGAUGGAAAACUCUACUAUGAUAAGAGAUGGUACCACAAGAGCCAGGCCAUUUACCUGGAAUCUAAAGAGAACACUAAGAUCAGCUGUGUGAUCAGUUCUGUGGGUGCCAAUGAGAUCUGGGUGAGGAAAACCAGUGACAGCACAAAGAUGAGGAUCUAUCUGGGACAGCUGCAGCGAGGAGUCUUUGUCAUUCGUCGGCGAUCGGCUGCAUGACUCUGCUCUUCCUUGGUCUUUUCUGUUUUAAACCUCUGAUGGGGAACAGCAGUCUGUCCACUCAGCAGCAGAGGACACUGUCAUGACCUCUUACAAGACAGUUUGUGGCUGGCCACAUAAUCCCCAGUAGUCCUUAAAUCUUUAGUGAUACAAAAGCACUGCCCUGGACUCUUACCUGGAUUUUGCAUCAAACUUCCAUAUGCUUUCUUUAUAUUUGGGCUAUUUAAGAAGACUUUGCAUCAUGCUUUUUCCAGCAUUGUUUCAUGGUGCACAGGUGGGACUCGUGUGUUGAAGACGUCACAUUUAUGUUUUGAAUCAGACCAUGGAAGAAGCUUUGCUUGUCAACACCUGUGGUUAGUUACUGGUUUCGGGUUUGUUAUCCUUCAAGGCUCGUGAUGUUGGGCAAAAGGAGAUUAAUCUCCCCAGGCUUCAGCUGAGAUGCAUCCAUAAUACCUUGUAUCUGAAAUUAGCUUUAUUGGAUGAACUGCUUAAAGACUUGAGUGUUGAGGCUGUUUUAGGAGAGUGCGAACAACUUAGAAGUGCUGCAAAUCCAGUUGAUUUUAAUGUGGUUAAACAGCCACACUUGGUUAAUCAGAAACUUCCCUUUUUCUUCAGAUUAAAAAGCCCUUCAAUGAACAAGAAAAGAGUAUGUCUGUUUGCUGAAGUCAGUUACCUGAAAUAGGCAGAUGAGUGUAAACCAAAGGAUUAAUUGACUGGACUUUGCAGAGAGUGAGACUGUAUGGAUGAGUAUAAUCACUCGCAUACAUAGAGAGAUGAAAGGUAAAUUCCACUUUCUUCACAGACACUUAGAGUAACAAGUUAUGCUGGAAUCCUGCUGACAGAAGAUACCAGAUCUGUUGCAUCUUCCAAAGAAGCUUGCUACAAAGUAGGAAGCAGCAUUGACAUGCUCGUAGUGUGUACCUGAAACCUUCAUUCCCUAAAAUGCCGCACAAAGAUUUCCCUUUGAAGGGAAUUUUAAAUACUAAAGAUAACCCUGGUUUUACACUUGCCCUCCAAUAGCACAAGUGAAAACACUCAAGUAAUGAUGUAAACAUACUCCCAAGAUGUUUAAAGCUCUGACUCUGUCAUUCCUUCAUUAUUCCCAGUCUUUUGCUGAUGGCUGAAUCCACCAGUACCGUAUGUAACUGCAUUGGCAUGAAGGACACAGUGCACUCACUGGCAGUGCUGUCACAUCUUUGCCUUCUGUGCAAAAGAACUUUAUGCUCCUUUUGAUUCCUGGACAAGGAACUGUAAUUUCUGGCUUUCUCAACAUGUGUCACUUUGAGGCAUUUUUUGGUUUGUUCAAUGUCAGUCGAGCCUUUCUUUCCUAUCUGGAUAAAUGGAGUAUUUGAAAUUACUGCUUCCCUUUCUUUUCUUUUACUGCAGUUGGGUGGCAGUCACAUCCCAAUAACUGAUGCAUGUACGUGGAUCUGGAGUGGAGUGUUAUGGCUGAGUUUCUGAUGGGUUGCAUUUGCAGCUGAGGCACCUAUUUUUACAGUGUUUAGAGUUUCCACUGGAUCUGAAGCUUUGAUGAGGAGCGGAGAGGGUGUCUCUUUCCCACCCCUUGAAAAUGUGCCACCUUUGCUGCAGCGUUAGUCAGGUGGAAAGCAGCAGGCUGUGUUUUGUCAAGUUAACAGCAUACUUAAUGUAACUUCACAUUCUCUGCACGUGUGACAGGUUUUUAACAAGGUGAUGAUGUACCAAACGGGAUUUGUCACUGAGCCUUAAAACGAACAUCAUAGUUCUUAUAAUAAAAAGUGCUAAGUAAAUAGCAGG